AUGCUGCCGCACCGAGCACCUUCAGUCGUCCCAACCUCGCUGGACUUCUCGGACGGGUCGUAUCUGGCGGCGCUGCUGAAGCAGGUGGUGGCGGACUUGGGCAAAUACAAGGACCGCGGCGCGAUCACGGACGACACGCCGGAAGUGCACGGCCUGUGUUUCGUCUUGGAGAAGAUAUUCCUCCACGAGCUCAAGACAGGGCCGCGAGGCAACAUUUGGGAGUUCAUUGAGCGACUGCAGGAUUCAUUGCCCGGGAACCAAGCGGCGGGCAUGCUGGACAAGCUGAGGAACUGGACACGCUCGAGCAUUGGCCGAGGGCGGGCUUUUCUGAGGCUGUCUCUGAAUCAACACGCCGUCGUCGAGUAUCUGCAGGCGUUGGUGUGGAACACGGGUCUCCUUCGGGCGUUCUACACGCAGGGCGCCUUCUUCAGGAACGAGCAUCUGGUUACGGAGAUGAUGGAACAGCUCGAGCUCGUCCUGCCCCUCCAAUUUUCGCUCACCAUGCACUUUGCCGAGAUUGACAGGGAAGACUACUGGAACGCGCACAGGAGGGAGAUUGAGGACCUGCACAUUCGCGUCAUCAGCGGAAGAGAAAGUGAAUUCAAAUUUGGCCUGCUGUCGGUGGAGGGCGAUGAACGAAGGCGACGUGAGCAGGUGCGAAAGCGGACCGGCAGUCUCACGCGCGAUAACGGCAACGGGACCGACCCGCGUCUGGACAUGUGGGAGAACAGCGAGGCCGAGCGAACCGGCAGCAGUGGCAGUACGGCGACCACCACGCGAAGGGGCUCGCUGACCCCGGCGUCGACCACGCCGCCGCCGGUCGCCAUCGCCCCAACACCGACCACGGCGCCAGAGAAGGAGAUCGAGAGAAACGCAGAGGCGGCGGGCCGCGUCGGAGCUAAAGAGAAAGCGAUGCGGGAAGAGAACGAAGCGAAGAAAAAGAAAGAAGCGGAGGAGGAAGAAGAACGAAAGCGACGACAGGAAGAGGCGGAAAAGCGAGAGGAGAAGGAGAGGCGGACGAAGGAGGAGGCGGAACGACAGCGACUCGAGGACGAGGAGAGGACCGUGUUGGAGGAGGCCAAGCGGCUGGAGGAGGAGCUGGCCUGGCGAAGGAAGCAGCGCGAGAUGGCGCGAAAGAAGGCCAGAGGCAGCGAGCGGAGGCAGAGGCAGCGAGAGCAGGCGCAAGCGCAGGCGGACGAGAAGGCAGCCGAAAAAGCGAAAGCGACGGAACAAAAGGCUGAAGACGAAGAGCGAAAGGGGGAGGAGAAGACCGCCGCAGCGGCCCAGCUGGCCGAGAGCGUAGGCAACCACCGAGACGUCGGCAAAACCAAGAACGAAGGCGACGAAAGCGAAAGCGAAAGCGAUAACAGCGACAAGACGAAGGACCGGGAAGGGUCGAUCGAGAUCCGAGUCACCGGGGUGGCCGAGGCCCGGGUCCUGGGGACAGAGAGCAGCGGCAGCGGCAGCGGCGCGGAAGAGGAGGCGACGGCGCUCGACCGGAGCGGCGGCUCUACGGCGUCGGCCCUGCUCCAGGUGGAGAAGAUGCUGCGCGAGCUGGAAGAGCGACGGCUCAAGCUCCUCCAGGAGGUGCCCAGCCCCAACACAACCGAGCACGCCUUCCCGCCUGCUCCGCAGCAGCUUCUCGGCAGCAGCGACCCCGACGCGGCCAAGAGCGGCGGCGGGGCCGAGGAGCCGGUGGUCAUCGACUCGCUCCUGCGGGACUUGAAUCUGACCGAGCUCGACAGCCUCGAGGAGGUCCUCAAUUUCUGCGAGGAGCUCGACGACGACGACGGUCGCAACGGCAGCGACCGGCCGAACAAGAAGAACCCGACGUCGGCGGCGAUGGCGAUGACAGGGCGGCGUACGACGCUCGACGUGGCGGCGCCCGAAGCGACGACAAUGAUGAGCAAGAGCUACCACGAGCGGGCGCAGCAUCUCGAUGAGGUGCUCCGCUUCUGCGACGAGCUAGACGAGGCGCUGGUCGGGGUCGAGUUCGAACACACGCAGGAGCAGCGCCUGCGCAAGCUCGCCGCCGCCGGCAAGUCCACCGACAGGCUCCUCUCGUCGUCGCCCGGCCUGCCCUUCCUGGCCUCGUCGUCGUUCAAGCGCGAGGGCGUCUGGGCCAGCAUGCACCCGUCGGCGGCCGACGAUGGCGACGACAACGACGGCCACCACCACCCGCGGCGCCAGCUGCUCGGCGCUGCGGCUCCGGCGCUGUCGGUCACGCCCGGAAAGCUGGACUACCUCAAGUCGAAGCUCAGCUCGUCGCCCAAGAAGGAGAUGCUGCUCUUCCACCUCCAGCAGAAGCGGGCCGAGCGCGAGCUGCGGGCGGGCGGGGCGAUGCACCUGGCCCAGGCCCACCAAGCGGCCAAGCCGCAGCAGCCGCCCGCGGAGCCGUUCGCGAUCGAGAAGGAGAGCCCCGCGAAGAACUUCUCGCGGGGCCGCACCGGCAGCCUCCUGUCGCAGAACCUCGAGGCCAGCUUGGCCACCGCCUCGUCCAGCAGCGAGAGGAGGGGCGGCGGCGGCGGCGUGGCGGAGGUGGUGGUGAAGCCGGCGCUCGGCCCGCACAAGAACUUCCGCAACAGCUACUACUCGUCGCUCAAGCUCCACUCGCCCUCGCUCCCCUCGCCCUCCGACAUGGCGGCGGUCCAGGCCCGCAACUCGGAGCUGCGACGCGUGCGCAGCAUCGAGCGCGAGCAGCAGCGUCAGCAGCAGCGACAGGCUGGCCUGCGAGGCGCGCCAGCGUCAGCGUCGGUGGGCGGCGCGCGCGAGCGCACCGAGCUGCCGCCGCGCAGGCAGCUCGAUUUUGAACGCGACCCCGCGCUGACUGCCAGCGGGCGCAGUGUGACGAUCGGCGCCCUCGGUUCGGCGGCCAACAAGAAGAGCGCGGUUGUGCGGAAGGCGCCGGCGGCAGCGGUCGCCGCCGAAGUGUCCACGCGCAACAGCGGCGGCAAGCGGUUGAGCGCGGGCAGUGGCGGCAGUGAGGCCGGUGCGGUGGAUGCGCCUACCAAGGCCAAGCUUCAGCGACCGAUAUGGAUAUUUUGCUACAAGUGCUGCGAGAAGACGACGGUGCCGGACUUGGAGUACGACACCCCGGUCCCUGUGUGCCAGCUGUGCUACACCACCCUGCCUCCGGCUCCCUCCGGGCCAUCGACCUCCACCACCCCGUCGUGUGACGAAUAA